CAGGUGACAUUAUACGGGUUUGGGGUGAGAUUUCUACAGGAGCUGAUGCUGAUGUCCUGACCCGCUGGAUCAUGGCUGAGAGUCCACAGGAGCGCAGUCCAGGGGUGUUGAGUCGCAUCGGGAGCUGGCUGUCGUGGGGUUGGGGCAGAGAUGAUCCCACCUCCCAAACACAGCAAGAGGAGGACCACGGAGAAACCAGAGCAGACGAGACAGAUCCCGCAGAGGCGAGCCCAACCCUCGACCGGAAUGCCAAACAUCUGAGACUCGAACGCAGUCAGUCGCUUGAGAGGAAAAGGCCACCUGAACGCUUUGAACAAAUGGGCCGGAGGAGAUCUGGCAGGAGGAGGCGGAGCUCUCACGGGGAUGGGGACGGAGCUAAAUCCCCAACCAAUCCCCAACCUGAAAGCCCUGUAGCAACCAGUUUGACGAGCGGCCCGCGGAAAGCAUGCGCUGACUCAGCUUUUGAGGAGGCGGCAAACAGCCUUCCAGGAGCCUCCGGAGCAGAAGUGCCAAACUCAGGUAAAGGUGAGGAUGUCGUCCGAGAGGAAUGGGCCCAAGCGAGCCUGAGCGAAGACGCUGAUUUGCCGAACUCGCCGGAUUCGCUCGUCCAAGCGGCGCUGGUUUAUUCAGAUAUGGACGAGGAACGGGUGGUGAGGCUGACGGAGAGCGCCGAAUCCAAACGCAGGAGCAUCAAAGUGUCUCACAGCGAGGUGGUCUUCGCUAAAAAGGUGGUGGUCGCCUCGGAGGACCAAAAUGAAGAACAAAAUGUGACUUUUAAAGACACCAAACGGCCUAGAUCUGAUGAAAGAGCAAGAUUUCCAGAGGACAGAGUAGACGGCACCAAUGUAAAGUCCAGUCAUCACAAGGCCCAAAUCGCAGACAAAAUCAGUCUGUUCGAGAGAGGAGCCACCAGUGCAGUUAGUAGCUCUACAAACCUGCUUCGCCUGGAUAUUUCUCCAGCUCGAAAUGUGGCCAGUCGUCUCAGAGAUUUCACAGAACAUGCCGGAACGCGGUCCAGUUCUGCACCUCCAAACCAAACGGUUAAAGAGAGGGCGAAGAAUUUCGGCGCGGGGCGGAGGGGGGAAGAGCAGCUGACGUUGCCGUCUGGUCGUACGUUGAACGAAGGACAUUCAAAAAUGGCUGAAAUAUCUUAUUCUGGACGUUUUGAAAAAUCUACAGCAAAGACGGAUACCAGCGGAGAGCCAAAGGUUAAAUCCAAACCUCAUUUAACUAUAGAUCAAACAGACUCUAAAUCCUACAAUCCAACACCUGCAUUGUCAGAGAGCACAAGUGACUCAAACGUUGGGAAUAAAGAGGCGGAUUCUCUCCCGACAGUUUCAUCACCUACUGAUGAGACACCGCAGGUUAAAUCACCUAACCGGACAGGCACGCGAUUGAAAAAACGUCGAGGCAAAGAUCCGCUGAGCCCCACUAAACAAGAAAUGGGUCAAGGUAAACAGGAGGUCAAGGACAACAAGGACAAACCUCUUGUUGAUGCAAGAGAUGUCGUAAAGACCACAGAGCCGAGCACUUCUAAUAAAGAAAGACCCAACUCUGCUGGGGAGGUCGCAAGCAAAAAACCUACAGUCCCUCCAAAGUUGGAGAAAGCAGCAGAAAUUAUGCAUAGCACAAAGAAAAAAUCUGACUCAAAGAAGACUUCACAUGCGGACACAAAAGUUCCUACAGAAGUGAAAAGCAAGGAUGAGGAGAGAGGGAAUAGCGGUGACUUUGAAGCACAGAUAGUGGCUUCUGAUACACAUCCUUCUAUAUCCAGAAAGAACAGCUCAAAUAAAGAGAAGAUACGGACCGACAUCGACUCAAAAAUGGAAGAGAAACAAAAAAACAGCAACAAAAAGCAGCACUCAGAAGGAGAGAAGGGAGACGAGCAGAGGAACAGAGACUUGAUUGUAAACUCAUUGUUUGGAGAGUCAGGGAAACCAGAUCCAUCUGUGACAAAAGAUGAAAAACCACUGUCCCCAGAGGACCUGAAAGAGGCCAGAUCUAAAGACUCCUCUGAGCCAGCCAAUAGCAGCGCUGCACCCUUUAGGAACGAUGCCAUGCGAAACAGAGGGAGUGAGACGGAUACGCUGGUCUUACCUGAGAAAGACACCAUUGCGUUUGUGUCUAUAGUGGAAAACACCCCUGAAAAUAACCCAAAAUCGGCACAAAGACUGUCAAAGAUGAACCAAAAGAGUCAAGAAAAAGACUGUUUGACUGAGAUUACCAGUCAGAACCAGAAAAACGACCUUGUUACAGAAACAACUGAGACACACAAACAUAAUGAAUUCAAUACAUCAAAGCCAACCGAGCAGAAAGUAGAAGGUAAAACAAAACAAGGUAAAUCGAAGGACACCUCUGCUGUGAGACAGGAAGACACAACAAUUAUGGCAACCAGUCAAGGUAAAGAAGCUCAGACUACUGAGAAAAACUCAUGCGCUGAAUUGUCCGAUCAGACUAAAGAAAACACCACUUCUACAAGCAAGACACCGGCAACACCAAACCCUGCACUGGACCAAAUGGACAGCAUAAUUUCACCUCAAAUUGCACCUACAGAGGGAGGCGGUCCCAAAAGAGAUGGGCCGCCCCCACGGAGCCAAUCAGAGAGCGGAGAAGAACAGAAGACACAGACGGUAUCUAGUAAAAGGGAUUUACAACAGCAACAAAAGCCUGACACUGAAACUAAAAAUGGAGGCACCAAAGAAACCAAGAGUAAAAUCACCAGCACAGAAAAGACAUCCAAAGUGAAUGGCGAUAUACACUCUGUAGAGACAGGAGAUCAGGUUUCUGACAGUCUUAAGCAGUCUGGAGAAGAAAUACUUGGAAAUACCUUACCUGAAAUACCAUCCAAUAAUGAAAGUCUAUCUCUGAGCUCAUUUUCAUCUGAAGCCACUGAAGCGUCCACCGAGCAGUCUGGCCAGGUCAGUAAAAAGUUUACCGCUAAACCAGCCUCAACAGAUGAUACAGCCUUCAGUUUACCAGCCUCAAGUGAUAACAACAACACAACUUUAUCAAACUCAGCUAAUAAAAAAACAACUAAUGAAAAGACCACUCCCCCAGCAGCCUCACCCAAUGCAACAACCACACCUGAAAAACCAACAACUAUCGAAAAGACCCCACAAGCCUCAACCAAUGAGAAAACCUCCACUUUACCUGCCUCAACUAAAGGAAAGACUACACCUCCACCAGCAACAACAACUGAGACAAUCUCUGCUUCAUUAGGCUCCAGUGAUGACAAGAACAAAACUCUGCCUGCCUCAACUAAUGAAACGAACAAAACUCCAUCAGAGUCAGCUAACAAAAGGAUGACUAUCGAAAAGACCACCUCUCCACAAGCCUCAACCAACGAGAAAACCUCCACUUUACCUGCCUCAACUAAAGGAAAGACUACACCUCCGCCAGCAACAACAACUGAGACAAUCUCUGCUUCAUUAGGCUCCAGUGAUGAGAAGAACAAAACUCUGCCUGCCUCAUUUAAUGAGGUCAUCUCCAGUUUACUGUCCUCAACUAAUGCAAAGACAACACCUCCUUCAGACUCAGCUGAUAGAAAGAGAACUGAUGAAAAAGAUAUGUAUCUACUAGCAUCAACUGAUGAAAAGAUCGCACAAUCACCAGUCUCAUCUAAUAAAAAGAUGGGCCAGGGUGUGCUGUGA